AUGCUGAGGGCUGAUUGUUACGGCGGUCACCAUGACAUCUUCGAGAGAGAAAUUCUCUUCAGAAUCUCGGAAGUGGCUAGGCGAAGUUCUCAUCUCGGUCGAAACUACGUGUCCCAUCUUCUGGAGCAUUUCACGCAUACAGGACCCAAUGGAGAUCAUGUUUGCUUGGCGUUUGAUGUCCUAGGGCAUCACUUGGACUUCCAAUCCGCCAGGCAUGAAGAUGGAAAACUACCUGUAAACGUAGUGAAAGUCAUCACGCGGCAGCUUCUUCUUGGGCUUGACUUCCUCCAUAGAGAGUGUGGGAUCAUUCAUACCGAUUUGAAACCAACGAAUAUACUUCUAGAGCUGGAAAAUCCAAACAGCACUAUUUCCCAUUAUCUGUCGCAAGUUCCCGCGCGGACCAACUCUCAACGUGGUGUUCCUCUUCGAGAGGUCAUUCCAACGCCGCUCGUCUCGGAAACAAAACAUCUCCAUGUCAGGCUAAUCGACUUCGGUGUCGCAUCUUGGAGAGAACAUCAUCUGUCAGAUUCUAUCCAGUCGCCAGCCCUAAGGGCGCCUGAAGUGACGAUAGGUGCUCCUUUGGAUAUUGGUGUGGACAUAUGGAGUCUCGGGUGCCUUGUGAUGGAGCUUGUUCAAGGAAUAGUCCUUUUCUCCGGGGAAGCAUCAGCGAAUGGGACCUGGACAGCCGAAGAUGACCAUCUAGCCAGGAUCAUUGAAGUUCUCGGCCAAUUUCCACUUGGCUUUAUAGAAAAAGGGAAUAACGCCGCACAUUUCUUUGACAAGGAGGGAAAUCUUCUUCGAAUUCCUAACUUGAAACCUACCUGCCUUGAACGCCUGAUUGCCGGCCAAACAAAACCUUUCCUAAAACCUAUCGAUAUGCCUGAGGCCGAAGUGCCGAUAUUUGUUGAUUUCAUCAAGGGACUGCUUGAAAUCGACCCUAGGUCUCGAAAGUCUGCGGCUGAGCUACUGCAACAUGAAUGGAUCCAUCUGUAG